AUGCCCUGUACACCGCCCCUCGUAGGCCUCAAGGUCCUGGAACUAGGCGGUUUGGCCCCGUCCCCCUUCGCGGGCCUCAUCCUGGCUGACUACGGCGCCGACGUUGUGCGCGUCGACCGCACGUUCGAAGUCUUCGGUCCACCACGCGACACGCUCUGUCGCCGCAAGCGUUCCGUGGUGAUAGAUUUCAAAGACGCCCCGUCGCGCCGCGUGUUCUUGGACCUGGUCAAAGUCGCGGACGUGCUGAUCGAUCCAUAUCGCCCGGGCGUCAUGACGAGACUGGGUCUCGGGCCGGAGACGCUAUGCCAGUUGAAUCCGCGCUUAAUCUACGCUCACCUCCACGGGUUCCGGCCCGAGGGCGUGUAUGGGAUCCGAGCGGGCCACGAUAUCAAUUACCUCGCCGCGGCGGGGAUCCUGUCGCUCCUCGGACGAAAGGACGAGAACCCGGCCCCACCGGCGAAUAUUCUGGGAGAUUUCGCAGGUGGAGGGUUGGUCUGCGUGACGGGCAUCUUGUUCGCGCUGUUACACCGCCAGGCCACCGGCCGCGGGCAGGUCGUCACGACGAAUAUGGUGGACGGGAGCGCGUACCUUGCCACAUUCAUGAGGCAGCAGCAGGGGCACCCUAACAAUGAUCGGCCUAGGGGCGAGAAUCUGCUGGACGGGGCGGCGCCGUUCUACGAGGUAUACAAGACGAAGGAUGACAGGUUUGUAGCUGUUGGGGCGCAAGAACCCCAGUUCUACAAGAGUCUGCUGCAGGGGAUGGGACUGGAUGAGAAGGAGAUGCCAGAGCAGUGGGAUCGCACGCAGUGGCCGAAGACGAAGGAGCUGUUUACCGGGAUAUUCAAGCAGAAGACGAUGGAGGAGUGGCGCGCUGUAUUUGACCACACUGAUGGCUGCGUGACGCCGGUCUUGAACAUGGACGAGACGGAACGGCCGUUCAAGCCGCUGGUCGACCUGUCGGCUUCUCCCAGUCUGGAUGUCUCGGUGCAGGAGUCGUACCCGGAGCUGAAAAAGGGCGCGGGGGGCGAAGACGUUUUGCAGGAAUGGAUUCCGGAGUCAAGGUCGGGAAUUGAUAUAGAUCCUUCGUCAAAGCUGCUCCGCAUGAAGCACGCCGCAAAGUUAUAG